AUGCCCGUCGCGACGCAAGCUUCUCUCAAAGGUUUGACUCCGGAACAGCUCGAAGAGACCAGUUGUCGCUUAUGCCUCAACAACACCUACCAUCUUGGCUUGAAGCCUGGACAAGAUGUCCUCGACGCUAUUGGAGGCGCGCAUAAGCUCCAGGGAUGGAAGCAUAACAUCCUGACAGAUAGCGGAGGCUUCCAGAUGGUUAGUCUCCUCAAGCUGGCGAAAAUCACAGAAGAGGGCGUACGCUUCCUCAGCCCCCACGACGGCUCGCCGAUGCUUCUCACACCCGAGCAUUCGAUGUCGCUGCAGAACUCGAUCGGUAGCGACAUUAUGAUGCAGCUCGACGACGUUCUGGUCACCACAUCCCCCGACGCUGCCCGUAUGCGUGAAGCCAUGGAGCGCAGCGUGAGGUGGCUCGACCGCUGCAUCGCGGCGCACAAGAACCCCACCACACAGAACCUCUUCUGCAUCAUCCAGGGUGGUCUCGACCUCGAGAUGCGACGAGAAUGCACACGGGAGAUGUUGGCGCGCGAUACCCCCGGUAUUGCCAUAGGUGGCUUGAGCGGAGGCGAGGCCAAGACGGAUUACUGCCGUGUUGUUGAGACUUGCACAGAACUGCUGCCCGAACUCAAGCCUCGGUAUGUCAUGGGUAUCGGUUAUCCAGAGGACUUGGUCGUGAGCGUCGCCCUCGGCGCCGACAUGUUCGACUGCGUGUGGCCGACAAGGACGGCGCGAUUCGGAAACGCAAUCACUAAAAACGGUGUCAUCAACGUUCGAAACUGGCGGUACGAGAACGAUUUCGGCCCUAUUGAGGAAGGAUGCGGGUGCCUCUGUUGUCGAAAAGGGGAGGGUGGCCUCGGCGUCACGAGAGCAUUCAUCAAUCAUAAUGCCGGCAAGGAGACGGUGGCUGCUCACUUACUAAGCAUACACAACGUGUGGUACCAGCUAAACCUGAUGAAGGAGAUACGUCAAGCCGUGAUUGAGGACAGAUUCCCUGCCUUGAUUAGACAAUUCUUCGGCGAUCUGUACGACGACAAGUCCAAGUACCCUGAAUGGGCUGUAGAGUCUCUGAAGAGAGUCGGUGUUGACUUAAUAAACGAGUAA